AUGAUUAAAGGGAUUGAACGAGCUCUACGAAGUGGAGGCCUUCAGCUCGUUGGAAAGCUGCAAGGUACGAGACGCAAUCCCCCCCCACCUCCAUGGGUACCUAGUAUCAAAGCUGAAAUGGGCGGCCAAGACACACGCAUAAACAUCGUUCCACCAGGGGGAUCUGGUUGGGGGACUGGAUCGACUAACCCCACAUCUUCCGAAAUGGCUGAUAUUAAAUCCGAGCCUAUAUCGACGACACCUUCAAGCCCUUCACUUCUCAAAGAUAUCGUAAAAGGAUAUGAAAAAGUCGAGAGUGAUGAUACAUCUAAUUCACUGUGUCCAGAGGCUCCGCAGUCAUCCCUUGUCAAGCCUCCACAGAAACCCUUCUUUGCGCCAAGAUCAUCAAAAACAUUGCCCCCAAAACAGCUCCAAGAUAUUUCCGUUGAUUUCAAUCGACCAUUAACUGGAAAAACAACGGGGCCAACAGUGCCAUUUUAUCAGCGUCCUCCAAUCACGGCAUCAGCAAAUCAAAACCCAUCGUCUAAGGAAUCCGUCAUUGCUGAAGAAACGACAGAGGAUAAAACGAUUACACCUGCGGUUUCUAAUAGUGCCACCACUCCUCACACCGGAUGGGCAGCGGUGACAACAGAAGAACCUGAUUUUCAAGAACGCAUAAAUUUCAGUGACGAUGAUGAAGACGAAGUGGAAAAAACUUCUGUUGUUGAACAGCCUAAAGAUAAUCAAAACGGGUCCACUUUAUCGGAAAAUAAGUGGGAACCAGAUUCUAUUCAACCUCAGGUUCCUGUACCCAUUCAUUCUUACCCAAUGUCUGCCUGGGAUCGAUCCGCCUGCUUCAAUUCCAUACCUGCUAUUUCACAAACAUUUUCCGUUCCUUUUUGUGGUCCUAUUGACGGCGCUUUUUCAGAUGCUUCCGCGAUUCCCGUUGUUCGUACGGAUAUGGUUCCCGGUCGCGAACCUCUGGUUCUUUCAGAACAAUUACAAAGACCAUCGUUUACUGUUUCUGAGGCACAAGCGCAGGCUCAACGUGAAGAACGCACCCUAGCUUAUAAAUCUGCUGUAAAUAGAGCUCAAAUGGCUAGAAAAAAAAUCUGUUCCGACGAAGACACCGGUGAACCUAAAAGAAAGGAUCAUCAGUCUAUCGAAUCACCAAAAAAUAGUCUUGCUGAUUCCAAUGCCUUCUCUAUGUCUAUCAUGCAUUCUGCUGCUGCGGCGAUUGCGGGGCCUGGCGCGUUCCCAAUGCACACUUCUGUUAACCAAUCACCAAGUCACAAUGUAGAACCGGUGAUUGCCGCUAUGAAUGUCUUGUACAAUAGCAGUUUCCCCAAUUUGAUGCAUUCGGUAACCGCCGGCGGCAGUCAUCUCCCGUCUCAUGUGAAAUCACAGUCACCAAUGACUAACUCUUGGAAUCCCACCGCCUUUUCAUCAACGAACCAGCCCCCCUUUAUUCAGCCGCCAUAUCCUCUAUCUAACUCACCAAAACUACAAGCUAACCAAGGAUUUUAUCUGAAAUCCGACCACUUUCCUGUCAAUGCAUUCAAUCAACCACAGGUCGCCAAAGGUGGUCAUUGUCAAGGGCUACAAAGCCUUCCCACUGUGGAGCCCCUUGAACUGUCUGACCGACGUACUGACAAUGCUGGGCACACUUACCCGACUACCGCAGGAGAGCCUGCGGUUUUGGAUCACCUUAAUUUUCAAGCCUCCAACCCUCGAAUCUCGACUCAGGACUCUGACCCAUCUGCAACAGAGAAACAUGUUGAGAGUGAUUCUAACAAGCAGCUUGUUCCUCACAGCCUGUCACGCAAUAUGGUUAUUAAUGGCCACCAUCUCCAUAUUUCUGCUCACGAGGACGGCACCCGCACAGCAUUUACACCCCCCGCGUCAUCAGCAAUGGAAACUAUCCCACCACAGCACCCGCAGCCCCAACCAGCCCAGCAACAAACUCACAUCACUCCCCUCAUGGAAGUCGAUCUUUCUGGAAAGUGGAGUGAAAAGGACUUCGACACCUUCCCGCCUCCGGCCUCCAGGGGCAACUAUCUCAAGUCUCUUAAAUCUAAUCGUGGAGGGCUGACAAAACACAUAACCGUCGAUGAUAAAUCCAACAGUCUGCGCUGUCCGCCUUAUGGGAGUGGUAGUCGACAAAGCCGAAUAGCAUCGAGGGAUUUAAUCAAGCGGUCAUUGCACAGUACUGAUGAAGUAUGCGAAAACCUUCCUUUGAAUGAUCGAGUGGAUGAUCAGCCUACCGAUGAACCAGCAGUAGAUAGUAGUGGUGAGACACAUAAUGGAAACUCGAGACAACUUCAUCGUCGUGCUGAUGGUACUAGUGGAACCUUUCCCAGACAGUUGCGUGGUCGUGGCUCGGGUCGUUUGACUCGGCCUACUCGCGUUGUACCUGCCGAGAAUGAGGAUGGCCCGCGACAGAACGGGGAUUAUGACCGACAACAAGCUUCUUCGUCAUACUGUCAGAGAGAAAGAUGGAGGGGCAGCAGUGGUAGAUAUACGAGUAAUCGCAAAGGUGAUGUAUCUGUUGCCAAAGGACCUGGAGCAGUGGCACCGCCAUGUAGUGGCCGAGGCAGAACGAAUUUCUCACGUAGUGGUCCUGGCAAUCGCCGUCAAGCUGGUAAUGACGACGCUUACAAAGCUUUGGAUUCUCACAGUCGGAAAUCUCGAAGUCAUGUACCUAACCAACGAAAGAUAGAUGAAGAACCUGAAGGUUCUGAUGUUUUACCUCGAGUGGGGUUGUCAGGCGAGGAUUUUGAUGCUGUGGCGUUAUCUGAUUCCGAACAGGGGACUACUACUUUGCAGCCAACGGAACCAGGCUGUCAACAGCAGUCUCAGAGACCUCAGCGUGGCGGUAGCAAUGGCGGCCGGCUCCGAAGGGGGCAACACGGAGGCUCACAAAGGCAAUCACAGCGUCGCAAUCGUGCUGAUCGCACAACUACUCGUCGCCAUAAUAACCAUCGUCGUCACCCAGAUGAAGAUGACCAUGAUUUUAAGGGUGGAAGUGCUAACGGUAAUAGCGUCUCAGCCGCCACCGGGAGCGGAAAGUCAAUUCAACAUGGCUCAAGUGGGGACAGUAAUAGUAAAGAAGGGGGUGGUGCUAAUACAGAAUCAAACGCAAGCGGUGCUCCUACCGGCCACCAACAGAAAAAUGCAGUUGACUCCACAAAUUCAUGCGCCAGCAACUUCUCAGCUCCAAUUGUGGUUAAAUCUCGAAAACACGCACACUCCGUCACAUUGACGAGUGAUGUAGAGAUCUGGGAGACCGCAUCGGAAAGCUUCAGUUCCUCACUUUUUGGGACAUCUCCGGGUUGUUCUGUUGCUGAAUGUACCAAUAUCAACACCACAGCAGCUGAUACUACAAAAACAGGCAAUCUUAAAAAUCUCAGCGAUGGUUAUUUCAGUAACAAGGGCGGUCACGGGUACUUAAACGGACAUCCUUCCAAGCGAUCAGGGCAACGUCGACCCAUUCCGAAAAUAAUUGGUGAAAUUGUCCCGCUAAUGUCAAUUAACGCAGAAGCACCACCUUCCUACUGCGAGAAUUCCACCUUUUUGGAUUCUCCACCGCCGAAUGUAAAGUCUACUUCUGGCAUUCCCGUUCUUGUUGAAUCCUCCAACGAAUUCAAGGAUGCGGCUUCUGUAGUCGCCAGCUCUGUUGGCUCCAGCGAAGACGGGUUUAUGGAGGUGAGGUCUAAAUCAAGCAGAAAACAACAGAAGGCAAAGCUGCAACAAAAAAGUCAGAAAUCUUCUGUGUCAUCUGAUGAACGUUCUUCCGUUACGAAACCAAAAAGUCAGGAUCCUGGGAAGUUAUGUAAACAGGUGUCCUCGUCACCCAAAGGUGACCGGAAACCCUCCAGGUCGUCUAAAGGUGUUGAGGUUUCUGGGAAGGACAAACAACACGCCACUUUAGUCACAGUUUCCUCUCCCUCUUCGACUGUUACUCCCAGUCAGACCUCGUCAAACCAACUGGAUCCGAAUGUCAAGAAAUUGACAACUUCUACCUCUACUCCGACGAAUGCUUGGCUAAAACCACUUCAGGAGACUAUAAGUGAGAAGGCUGCUGCGUUGGCUGCUCAGGCAAGUUCAAAUGCACGAGUUUCUCAAAGUGACGCUGUGAAGGCAGUCACCUCUACUUCUUCAGUCAAAACACUUGCAACGUCUUCUUACGCUUGGUCUGUCGUUGUUGGUUCGCGGGCGUCAAACACUUCGACAAGCUGCAUCUCCGUUGAAAACGCUUCUGCGUCGAUGACUAAAGUGGAGGAAAGACCAACCACCAAUCCUCAUAGUGUCGCCUCCGAGCAACCAUCAAAAGCGCCUGUUGUGAACAAUCCCAGUCAGAAUUUGACACCAAAUUCAACAGUGUUCGAAGCAGACAACGUUAGACAAUCAUUUUCGAAACCAGAUGAGACGGAAUCUCAGGAAGAUGGUGUUUCCCACAUGCCUGAACCAGCCGUUUCCAAUACCACGAUUGCUCCCUCACCACUCACUGUCACAACGACAACCUCCGCAAAUGUCUGCAAAGUUAGACCUCAGAAGCAGCCAACUGGUUUAACCCGUUCUGAUUCUCCACCAUCGUCAAAAUCUGAGGCCACCUCUUUCUCAGUUUCGGUUCCCUAUCCCGUCUCGGGCAACCCACUUGCUGCUCAGGCCUCUCAGUUUCGACGAUCGCUUGGUGAAGUUGGUGAUUGGCUUGGAAAAACGUCGGUCGGAUAUACUGGCAACUCUUCAUCUGCAUUUUUUGAUGGAUAUGGAGCCAAGAAGGUAGAACCAACUCCCGAUUCUUCUAUUGGCCUAAAUCCCGCUGCUGCAGCUGCCAUAUAUUUACAGCAACAGCAACAGCAACAGCAGCCAUUUAGGCAGUCCAUUCAACCUUUGCAACCCCAACAACCAAUGAUGGGUUUCGGAUUACCUGAUUUAUCGAUGCGCCAUCAAAAUAAUCGCGUAGGGGGUGCUUGCUCUCAAAAUGGAAUGGGAGCAGACAGCUACUUCACUGCGCCUCCCUUUGCUGCAGGAAGCGCUGGUCAAGCCACACAGCAGCCACCCCCACGUGGUUUGUACCACCCACCACCACCAACGCAUCAACGUGGAUUCCCAUCGUGGCAGCACCAGCAGCAUCAAUCUCAACAAGAAGCGGUCAUGGCUGCUGUUGCCGUCGCUCCUCAAGCCGCCGCUCUUUGGUCCUCCAGCUACACUCCUCCUCCUCCACCACCGCCUCAUCACCAACAUCCGCCCUACGUUGGAGUAAUCGGUGCGGACCGGCCAUCGUCGGUGUCGAUGGCAUCGCGUCUCCAUUCAGCCAACGGCACUGCUUCUCUCUACGGCUCCGGCUCCAUGAGAGGUGGAAGUGGAGGCGCGGUUGGGGGAGGCAGUGCAGCCUUCGCUACGCCAGCACAAGCCCCUCCGCCCCCCAGUGGAUUAUAUGCUUCGUCACCUACUCACCCUACGCCACCACCACCUCAUCAAUUCGAUCCAAACUUUGCUUAUACAAGUGGGGGUCUGGCAAACUCUCCAAGCGUUUUCUCCCAUCACUCGGGGCCUCCUGCAGGUCCUGCAAUGCUUACAGCUCCCCAUCGCCCGACAGGCGCUCCACGUUCCCUCAAUGAGCAUCCCCAGCCCCCACCGGUCUUCAUUAAUGCUCCGCACACCCCCUUCCCAGCCGCAGCUGCCGCUAUUUCCGUUCAUGGACUGGCUGGUCCUCCCCCUUCAAUGACUACCCCCGGACUCCACUUUUAA